UUCCAAUAUUAUAGUAAUAAUAUAGGCUUGCUAAUGCGAAAACUUGCUCUGCAGUAAAGAGUGAUAACAACAUGUGUACCCAAAAUUCUUUAUCGGCAUCGAUGGCGUUGAAAUCAAUGUGCUGGGCAGGUAUCGAUGACUACGAGAUCAGCGUGUUGAGCGAUAUAAUUGAUCAAGUGGCCGCUGUUGUUGACAGGGAGCUAAGAACGCUACCCGAGUUAAAUGAUGGACAUCUGUCGGUGUUAAACGAUGAAUAUUCGUCGGCAGUGAACGAUAACGUUAUUGGUCAACAUACAUUUACAACUCCGACAUACACUUAUUUCGAUGACGACAUGGAUUACGACGACAUAGAAAACUUUCUCGCAAACUUCGACUUCAGUACGAAUGCCGCUCAACGCGAUGAAGUGAACAGGGUGGACUCGAUUCACCGCGACCGCUGCAACCAACCGAACACCGCGGACGCGUUCGGCCCCGUUGCCCGCACCGAUAAUGCCACCAACUUCAUAAUCAUCGACGACAUGAGCCAAGGUGAACUGCUGCAAACCAAGCACAAAGGCCGGGACGUAAAAUACUUCUAUCUGACCGUCAACGUGAACGAAAGCUACCUGUGCGACGUGUCCAAGACCACCAUCAACGUGUACGAUCCGCGGUCACCGGUGCGGUUGACCUCACAGCAGUUACGGUCGUCGUCGUUGAACCCGGUCAGCAUAACCAUCGACACGGAAUCGGCUGCAAGGCUGUCCCUAGAACUGGCAGAGGCGUCCGCCAAAUCUAAAUCGUCCUCGUAUGGUGCGGGGACCGCCGUGGCGCGUCCUCCGCCGAUGUCCCGCGACGAGAGGCGCGCCAAGCUGUUGAUGGGGGGGAACGGUCUGGUAAACAAGAUCAGGAGCUUCCACAAGCACUCGUUCUCCGAAAGCUCGGACGGCAUCAUCGGCAACUGGUCUCAUCGGCUGGACAGAACGGACGUGAUGUCGGCAACGAAAAAAAUGAGAAACAUGACAUACUGCGCUCGUCACAAUCCCGUGGCCCAUACCGUGACACACACGUUAAACGACUACAGGCGUCGCGACUUGCCUACCUUACCCGAAGCCCGGCGCCCGAGACAAUAGUCUGCGUUACACGUAGGGCGCGUCAAACGAAAAUUGUUACGUUUGCAACAGUAUUUUUCAUUAGCUUUUGUUUUUUUCAACGCCUACAGUUUUUGUCGUUGCACAACUCGAAACGCUACAUUUUAUUUUACAUUUAAGGAUUGUUGAUCAGUCAGUCCUCAGCCGCUUUACGCGGUUAUUGUUCAAUGUGUUAAAUAUAGAUCUAUCCGCGAGCCGUACGGUGCGGUAUACAUACAUACGGCACGUUGGUUACACACGUGUACGAUUGAUUUUUGUAGUAAAAACAAAAUAAGCGUUUCUUUGCUGUUGGAAAAAAUUCGUAAACUCGAAAUUUUAGAGGUGCCUAACAGACCUUGAUAGGAAAUAUAACAUGGAUAUUUUCGCUAUGAUGCUAACUAAUAAUUCGAUUUAAUUUUUAGACACAGAUCCAUAAAGCACGGACGUAAAUAGAAAAUUCCACGUUAAACCUCCAACGCCGAAAACGUUUUAUACUUGCGGUUAAUAUAAAUAUAUUGUAAAAAAUAUUUCAAUAUUUUUGCUUAAUUGUUGUACGUAAGUUAAAAGCAGAAACUAUAUAAAAAUUCAUAAUCGUGACGUGCGGAAUCCAUUUCUAUGAUUAAAAUAGUUUUGAUAUUGCAUUUCAACGUGGCAUUCUAAUUUUUUUUAUAGCUUCUUUAUUCCAACAGUUACGUGUAUAGAAUUAAUGUAUAUUAAUCUUAAAUAAAAAAAAUAUAUUGUU